CGCCCACCUGGGGCUUCACUGUGGCCGGUAAGUGGCAGGGGACAUCCUUGCAAUCUCUCCUCUCCUCCUAACGCCAGGUUAAAAACCUCAGCAGCAGCACUUGCUGUUUGCGAAACCGCCUGCCACCGACGCCCCGGAGUUAGACGCCUCACUCGCGCGGGGAGCCAGCAUGUCGGCUGUGGUCCUGGAAAACCGAGGUUUUGGCAGGAAACUCUCUGACGGACAGGAAACAAGCUAUAUUGAAGACAAUUCCAAUCAAGAUGGUGCCAUAUCACUGAUCUUCUCGCUCAAGGAAGAAGUUGGUGCCCUGGCCAAGGUCUUGCGCUUGUUUGAGGAGAAUGAUAUAAACCUGACCCACAUUGAAUCCAGACCUUCGCGCUUGAAGAAAGAUGAGUAUGAAUUUUUUACCUAUCUGGAUAAACGUAGCAUGCCUGUCCUGGCAAACAUCAUCAAGAUCUUGAGGCAUGACAUCGGUGCCACCGUCCAUGAACUUUCCCGGGAUAAGAAGAAAGACACAGUGCCCUGGUUCCCAAGAACCAUUCAAGAGCUCGACAGAUUUGCCAACCAGAUCCUCAGCUAUGGAGCGGAACUGGAUGCAGACCACCCUGGUUUUAAGGAUCCUGUGUAUCGAGCAAGACGGAAGCAGUUUGCUGACAUUGCCUACAGCUACCGACAUGGGCAGCCCAUCCCUCGAGUGGAAUACACAGAGGAAGAAAAGAAAACCUGGGGGACGGUGUUCAGGACCCUGAAGUCCUUGUAUAAAACUCAUGCUUGCUAUGAGCACAAUCACAUCUUCCCGCUUCUGGAAAAGUACUGUGGCUUCCGCGAAGAUAACAUUCCCCAGCUGGAAGAGGUUUCUCAAUUUCUGCAGACUUGCACUGGAUUCCGCCUCCGACCUGUGGCUGGCCUGCUUUCCUCUCGGGAUUUCUUGGGUGGCCUGGCCUUCCGAGUCUUCCACUGCACUCAAUACAUCAGACAUGGGUCCAAGCCCAUGUACACGCCUGAACCUGACAUCUGCCAUGAGCUGCUGGGACAUGUGCCCUUGUUUUCAGAUCGCAGCUUUGCCCAGUUUUCCCAGGAAAUUGGCCUUGCCUCUCUGGGUGCGCCUGAUGAGUACAUUGAGAAACUGGCCACGAUUUAUUGGUUUACUGUGGAGUUUGGCCUCUGCAAACAAGGAGACUCCAUAAAGGCAUAUGGUGCUGGGCUCCUGUCAUCCUUUGGUGAGUUACAGUACUGCUUGUCGGGCGAGCCGAAGCUCCUCCCCCUGGAGCUGGAGAAGACAGCCGUCCAGGAGUACACUGUCACGGAGUUCCAGCCCCUCUAUUACGUGGCUGAGAGUUUUAAUGAUGCCAAGGAGAAAGUGAGGAAUUUUGCUGCUACAAUCCCACGGCCCUUCUCAGUUCGUUAUGAUCCAUACACCCAAAGGAUUGAGGUCUUGGACAAUACCCAGCAACUUAAGAUUUUGGCUGACUCCAUCAACAGUGAAGUUGGAAUCCUUUGUAGUGCCCUUCAGAAAAUAAAGUGAAGCCAUGGACGAAACCUGUCAACUGAGAAUCUGUUGAUGGAAAUCCAGCUACUUUCAUUUCAUCUGAAAAAGUCUGAAAAGCAAACCUUAAUUUGAAUUGAGAGCCUUAAAUCCUUUUUUGGAACAAGAUAGAGCACAAAUAAAUCAAAAUAAGUUGAAAUGACAAUGUAUUAAGACACACCCAAAAGCCUAAUCUUUUGGGAUCCUCUUUGAUUUAAAGAUGGUAAUCCCAUACCCUCAAUUCAGUUAAAAUCAAUAGUAUGUCACAUUUCAUCAGUUAAUUAAAAUUUGGGACCUGAUUUAUUCAAGCUUCUAUAUGUCACUCGAUGUAAAACACAAGCCUGUCAUUAGAAUUGAAUUUGUUGAUUUAAUCUAAAUCUUAGCCUACGCAAGUAAUUUUUUAUUUCAGUGAACUAUGAUUCUAAUAUUGCUGUGUUUUACCCAUGUAGAUUUCCUUUAAUUCAAGAGCCCAUUAAAAUACUUAUAAAGGUUGAAGUUCAUAGCAUAAUAUCUUAUAUUUUAUUGUAAUCAUACAUACUACUGUGGAAAGUAGUAGAAGUUCUCACCUGACUCCCACAACUUUGAAUCUCAUCUUCCAGUUAAUUGUCAAGUCUGUUUUGGGAGAUAGUUUGCAGACAUUUGUGAUGCGACAGAUGUUGACUGAAGGCCUGGCUGGUAGAUAUUCAGUAAAUAUUCAUUCAAAGAAUAAGGGAAUACAUUAUUAACUAGCAAAUCCUCAACAAAAAUGAGAAUUUUAGUUAUGUUUAAAAAAAGUCUAGUGGUUAUAAAAUUUUGCAGUUUCAACUUCAUUCUUGGAUUGAAAUAUUCCUCUCCAUUCCCCUAGAAAUACAUUAACUGGAUAAUCUUGUGACAUGAAAAAAUGAUCAGUCAAAGAUUUCCAACCCAUUACAGGAGUGCAUUGUGAUAAUCGAUGUUAUGUCUGGAUAGUCAACAGAUUUUGACUUCUUAUUGCUUGUGCAUUUUGCACAAACACAUGAAGAUCCAGGAAAUGGUGGGGAAAAUAAGUGUCUUUAAAGCUAUGCUUUGAAAUUCUCAACCACUUUAACACUUUAUUUUGGAAAUAGUUCAGUGUUAGAGAACUUGCAUAAUAUUUCUUCACAUGUGAUUCUCAGGCCAGCUGUAUCAUCAUCAAUGAUAAAUCCUGGGCACAUCCCAGCUCUAUCAAACUAGAAUCUCUGGGUAUGGGGCCACUGAGACCUGCAUUUUUAAGUACCCCAGCUGAUUUUUUUUAUGCCCAGCCAAAUCUAUCAGGUACGUUAAAUUUGAGAAAACCUGACUUCUGGUGGCCAGUUCUGCCACUUAUCAAUUAUGUCACUUUGUAUAAUUCACUUUGGAUCUCGGUUUUACUUGAACAAUGAAGGAGUUUAACUGGAGGAAUCAAGGUUUCUUCCAGCCUGGAAAUACAAUUCAAAUGCUACCAUGUGUCUUUAAACAGAUGUCCCUGAUCCACCAAUACUGUGUAAUAAUACCAGCCCAAGUAUGCUACCAGGUGGGAAGAGCGAUUUGGUCUGUGUCUGAGAUGUCAUUGCUUUGGAAUUGGGUUUUCAUGUCUGUAUUUAGUUCCUCAUGGCUCUGUAGAACCCACUGACAAACGCUGAUUCUAAAAGUGACAGUGUUCUUUUUUUCUGUUUCUUUAGGCCCCAAAUACUCGGCAAAGGGACUUUUUUUGUAAAUGUUUCUUUACACUAAAUGUAAAUCCGAGAAUCUCUUGAUUUGGGAACUAAAAUGUUUUAUAGUACUUUAGACUGGGUAUUUUAUUUUAUAGUGAUUUUUAGUCUUACUGAAAGUAGUUUUGUGCGUUUGAAGUUAAAUCUUAGGUUUAGGUUGCAAUUUUGCAGGAAGAAAUUACAUACUGAAAGAUGAUCUUUAAGUGUUUAGUAAUGUGUUACUCAGCACUUAGCUCUUUUUAUCUGGAUGUAGCCCAACCUACAGCAAUGGAUUCAACAUGUUUUCAUGGGUUAGUAUUAUUAUCUGCCUAAUAAUUAAUAAAUGAGCUUUUUUUUUAAAAAAAAAAAACAAUAGUAAUGCUUUACUGAUAGCUAUCCUGUUGUAUCCAAAAAAGAGAGAUAAAUGUAAGAACAUUACAAAUUUUUAUUAUUAGUGUUCAAUAAGUUUCUAACAGGAUGAAUCUAAAUUUCAAUUAUAGGUUCCUAAGUUAUAUAGUUUAACUAUAUCAAAUAAUCUACCACUAAAAUGUCAACUUCAUAAAAAUGUGAACCUUGCCUAUCUUCACCUUUAAAAGCCUUAGCAUAUAAUACAUAGUAGGUGCUUAAUAAUCUUUAAAAAAAUUCUGAGUGAAUUGAAUCACAGGGAGUGUAGCGAAGAUUGUCUCUCACACAUAAGCUAUUUUUCAAGAAAAACUUGGGAAGCAACUAAAUCUGCAAUUUUCCUUUUUAAAUUCUGUUGAAAAUGUUGCAUCUUAAUCUAAAUUAUGACCUUACUUUAAAAAUAUAUGUAUUAGCCCUGUAGACUAGAUUAUGGCUAGGUACUUUGUAUUUAUACUGCUUUGAUAAUAACUGACAUAUGAAAGUGCUUAAUAAAUGUUUGUUAAUUAAUAAAGGAAGCAAAAUGGCAUCAAUGAAAUGUCUCAGUUAUCCACGGUGGGGCUGAAAUGGUCAGAGAGCAACGAACGGCUUACCUAACAACUGCAAAAAAUUACAGAAGAGGCAAAAUAGGAAAGGCUAUAAAUAUGGACUCCGCAAAGGGAAGAGAAAAAAAGUGAUCAAAGCUUCUUCUCUUCAGUAGAGUGUGUACCCACCUCCCUGCCCCCACACAACAUCCCUGCCCUCUAAUAGCUUUCUUGUGCAGUUUCAAAAACUAUAAACAGUAGUAGAUUUGUUAUGUGCUAGUAACGGCUCUAACAGUUUGUGUGCUGUGAAUUUUCUCAUUUAUAAUCUUAAGUUCUGCUAGUUCCAAGAUACAGGUUACCUUCUCAUAUAUAUUAAGCUUAAAGAAUAAGCUCAGAGAGAUAAGCAAUAGCUGAGAAGACUGAAUCUAACCCUCCAGCGUAUAUAUACAACUCUUCUUACAAUAUAAUUCAUAGUUGUUCAGGGUUGCUCUUCAACAGUACUUCUUUUGUAUGUUUCUUGCAUUUUGUUUGUUUUAUGACAGCAAUCUCUAAAUAAUAGAACAUUAAUGGAAAAAAAGACAAGAAGAUGUACCUCCCUGAGAUAUGGAUAGACUUCUUACGUCUCUUAGUAGAUGAUGUCGCUGCAGAAAGCGUAGCACCCGCUUAUUUUCCAGUUUGCCCAAAUGGAUAAAAAAAUAAAUGAUUAUAGCUUGAACUGCAGCCUUUAUUUUUUUCUCAGACCAUUCUUUGGAAAAAGGUGAUGCCAAAAGAAAGUAAGUGUAUCAGUAUCCCUUAUUGAAAUUAUAAAAAUUGGUGCAUACUUUGAUGUUUAUGAUUUAUUCUUCCCAGAAGUGAAUUAAGGAAUAUCUAAUUAAAAAGAAAGAGAAUUGGUCUUCCCUGAGAUGUCUUUAUUCCUAAAGGUUCUCAAAGAAAUGUCAGUUGCAUCCUGUCCUUUUUUGCAAUAACCUUGCAAGUGGAGAUGUUUGUGUGGCAAAGGGCUGAUUUCUACUAUUCCUUGUGAGUGGUCAAGGGAGAGUGGUGUUUGGACUUAGAAAAGAGGGUUAGUAAUGUAUCUUUGUUUGUGUCGUUGAGUUUUUCCCUUAUGUCUCUCCCUUCAAAAGUGUGGGUUUCUUUGAGAAGUCACUUAUCCAGUCACACACACACACACACACACGCACGCACACAUGCACACACCAUCCCUUUGACCUCUAAGAGGACAUAAGAUGAUUUGGGAAUGAGUUGAGGGCUCUGGCAACAAGGAUAGAGAGGCUGGCCUUUCCCAUAAACAUCUACUGACCCUGUUUGAGAAUAAUGCAGUUUGAAGCCAUUCUUUAGAAGGCCUUCCGCGAUUGGCACCACCCAGAAGUAGAGAAUCAGCCUGGAACAACAGCAUUACUUGCAAAGGGUAACUGUUGGACCAUGAAGGGUUUUAAGCUCCUCCAGGGUCCUAAUACUCCUCUCCACCACCAUCCCUGAUGCUGUGGUGCCCAAAGAGCUCUGUUUCCUUGACCUAACAAAAAGUCAGACUUGGGAGUAAGGAAGGAGAAAACAGAAUCUUUCCAAAACUUUCAAUUCCCUGGAUGUCCUUGGGAAAGCCGGAGAUACAAGAGGCUCCCUGCCAAGUCUCUCUUGGGAAAAAGAAAGUUUUGUACAGUGGAGGGCAGUCUGGGACUAAACAAUCAUGGUUUUAUGACUUGACUCCUCGGAAGACAGUGUGCUGAGGCUGGAGAGCAAUGAGAGGAUAAGACCAUUUGAGCCUUUCAGAGCAGAGUUUCUCAGCAUUGUCGACAGUUCCCAUGACCAGCAAGGUGUUGUGGGCACAGAGGGGAGUGGUAAAACCCCAAAGCCUAUCCUUUUAUAGAACAAAAGUCAGAAUGGCGUAAGGCCAUGAAGAAGUUAGUACCCAGACCAGGAAACACGAUUCUGAUGAUUUUCUCUGCUCACUGCAGACUUUGAAUACAUUUUGGCUGAGUAACGGAAAGACAGAAUAGAUAAGUGUGAUAUUUAUUCCCUUGGUGGUAAUGACCAGUUUUUUGCACUUUAUACAGAGGAAAGCCAGGUGAUUUCCUUUCUUUUCUUUUUUCUUUCUUUCUUUCUUUCUUUUUUUUUUUUUUGUUAUGCACUCCCACAUGAUACUGUUUGAAAUGGAAGGAGUAACAUGUCUCAGUAACACUGCUCUGGAGAUCCUGAUUCAAAUGCCAGGUUUUCCAUCAAGCUGAACCUCUCCCUGAGCCUCAGUUUCCUCCUCUGUAAUAUGGGGAAGAUGCAUGCCUACCUCACAAGAUUGUCACAAAGAUCAAGCAGCCUAUUGUGUGUAUAGAAGCCUCUCAAUUACUUUCAGCUGCAUCUAGCAAUUUUAAAUGUUUAUUAUUCUGUUACAAAGCACAAAUGAGCUCCCAUAAGAAUUGGUUAUUACUUGUUUUUUGGUUGUCUUGGCCCAGCAACAUGAUCUCAGAUGGCCCCUCUUUCAAAAGAAAGAAAGAAAGAAAGAAAGAAAGAAAGAAAGAAAGAAAGAAAGAA